AUGGCGGGCCCAGUGCCAAGCAAGUCCAGAGUUUACACAGAUGUCAAUAAACUCAAACCCCGAGAAUACUGGGAUUACCAAGCACAUGCAGUAGAAUGGGGUAAUCAAGAUGACUAUCAGUUGGUUCAAAAAUUAGGCCAGGGUAGAUACAGUGAAGUGUUUGAAGCUAUUAACAUUCUGAAUGAAAAAAAAGUUGUUGUCAAAGUUCUCAAGCCAGUAAAGAAGAAGAAAAUCAAACGUGAAAUCAAGAUCUUGGUGAACUUGCAAGGCGGUCCGAAUAUCAUCUCUUUAUUGGACAUUGUAAAAGACCCUGAUUCACGGGCUACUGCCUUGAUUUUUCAACAUGUAAACAACACAGACUUCAGGGACCUGUAUCCAACAUUCACAGACUAUGAUAUUCGAUUUUACAUCUAUGAGAUGCUGAAGGCCUUAGAUUUCAGUCACUGUAUGGGCAUUAUGCACAGAGAUGUGAAGCCCCAGAAUGUCAUGAUUGAUCACGAAAACAAAAAGCUACGACUCAUAGACUGGGGGUUAGCUGAAUUUUACUAUCCUGGCCAAAAGUACACCGUUCAGGUUGCUUCUCGAUACUUCAAAGCUCCUGAGCUGCUGGUAGACUAUCAGAUGUAUGACUAUAGUUUGGAUUUAUGGAGCUUAGGCUGUAUGUUCGCUAGUAUGAUUUUUCAGAAGGAGCCAUUUUUCCACGGCUGUGACAAUUAUGAUCAGUUGGUGAGAAUAGUCAAAGUUCUGGGCACGGAAGGUUUAUAUGACUACAUCAACAAAUACAACAUCAAGUUAGAUGCACAAUUCAGUGAACUCUUGGGCAGACACACCCGGAAGCGCUGGGAUCGCUUUAUCCACAGUGAAAACCAGCAUCUGGUCAGCCCCGAAGCUUUAGAUUUUCUGGACAAGCUGCUACGUUUUGACCAUCAAACACGACUCACCGCCAGAGAGGCCAUGGAUCAUCCUUAUUUCUAUCCGGUCCUGAAGACACAGGCUCAGUAUUUUUCAUCUAACAAGCCAGGGAACAGCGUGACUUACGGCAACACAGGAGUUUCUUCUCUACCCUGUAGACCUGAGGCAGGCAUACCAGUGGAUUCUGCCACUCAUCCUCUGAAGUACGGCCGCUCCUCCCCUACAAAGCCUAGUCACACCUCUUCUCCGAAGCGUGGUCGCAUCUCAUCGGUGAAGUGUAGUCCGAAGAUCCCUCUGAAGCCUGUUCCCACAUACCCGCCAAAUCCUGCUGCUACCUACCCAGUGAAGCCGACUCCCAUCUACCCUGUGAAUCCUGCUCCCACCUACCCAGUGAAGCCGACUCCCAUCUACCCAGUCAAUCCUGCUGCCACCUACCCGGUGAAUCCUGCUCCCACCUAUCUGGUGAAUCCUGCUCCCACCUACCCAGUGAAGCCGACUCCCAUCUACCCGGUGAUUCCUGCCACCACCUACCCGGUGAAUCCUGAUCCCACUUACCCAGUGAAUCCUGCUCCCACUUACCCGGUGAAGCCUGUGCCAGUCUACCCUGCGAAUUCUGCUGCCAUAUACCCAGUGAGGCCGACUCCCAUCUACCCUGCGAAGCCUGCUGCCCCCUACCUUGUGAAGUCUGCCUUCUCUUCGAAACCUUGUUCCAGCUCCCCUGCGAAGCAUCCUUCCACCACCCCCGUGAAGCAUCGUUCCACCUCCCCCACCAAGUGUCAUCGUUCCACCUCCCCUCGAAAGCCUCGUUCCAGCUCCCCUCCAAAGCCUCCAAAGCCUCGUUCCAGCUCCCUCCCAAAGCCUCGUUCCAGCUCCCCUGCAAAGUACCAUCGGUCCGCCUCCCCUGUGAAGCCUCGUUCUAGAUCCGUUGCAAAGUCAGCUCCCACCACCCCUGCGAAGUCCGCACCCACCUCCCCUGCGAAGCCUCGUCCCACCUCCCCUGUUAAGCCUCGUCUCACCUCCCCUGCGAAGUCAGUUCCUGCCUCUCCUCUGAAGUCUCGCCCCACCUCACCUAGGAAGCCUCAUCCCACCUCGUCUGGGAAGCCUCGUCCGACCCGUUCUGGGAAGCCUGGUCACACCACAAAGCCUGGCCACACCCGCUCUGCGAAGCCUACUCCCACCCAGCCCACAAAGCCUGCUGCAAAUUCCUCUUGA